AUGGAGGACAGCUUUCCUUGUGCAGCGCCAGGCUGCGAAAGCACCGGCAGCAAGCUGUGCAGCCGCUGUGGCAAAGCAGCAUAUUGCUCCGCCGAAUGCCAGCGCAAGGAUUGGAAGGUGCACAAGUUGCAGUGCCAGAAAGCUGAGACGCCGGAGAACCGUAUCAGUGACCACUUGGCGAAGGGCCAGCUGUUUUCCGCGCAAGAAGCGCUGCAACAGCUGGAGAAACCCAACGCGCGCCUGGCGGCCGAGCUGGAAGAGAAGCUCAAGUUGGGCAUCCUUUCCGAGGUGAUUGCCGAUCGCCUGAGCCUUCAGCCAGCCCGAUACGGGCUCGGAUAUGUGGCGGCCAAGGACCUUUCUGCUGGAGACCCCCUCCUCUUCGACACCGCCUUUUGCUCAGCACCCAUGGACGGCGACCAGGAAUUCUACUGCACCAUCGCGGAGAAAUCCAUUCGUAAAGGCCAUGCGGACCGCAGGGCCAGCGCUCGUGUGGAUGCGCAAGCGGACUUCUACUAUGAUAGUCUCCUGAAACUGUGCACCAAGGACUCCCACGACCGAGCCACCUUGGAAGGGACCGAGAUGGAAGCGGACACGCGCGAGCAGAUCCUGGUGUGCUCCAUCGCCGAAGCCAACUCGCUGUACUGCACCGAGGAGCCGAACUUUGCGGCGCUGUACGCCGCGGGCGCUCGCUUCAACCAUUCCUGCGCGCCCAAUGCCUCCAUCGAAAGCUCUCGAAGUCGACUCUUAGUGCGGGCCGCCACAGCCAUUCCAAAGGGCAUGGAGGUGACGAUCAGCUAUUUGCCACCACAGCUCCUGAGCGAGGCAGGACCCAAGCGGCGCGAGCGGCUGGCGGCCGGGCGCGGCUUUCAGUGCAGGUGCGACCGGUGCGAGGCCGCGGACGAGCCGAGCGAGCAAAAGUGGAGCGGAGGGGCAAAGCCAGAGCGGAGCUCCAUUCCUGCUCCGACAGCGGAGGCGUUGGUGCAAUAUGCAGAAAAAUUCAUCGCCAAAGCCAAGCCAGGUGGUGAGAAGACCUCGCUUUGGGACGCGGUGGGCUCUCCUGUGCUCAAAAGUCAGGAGCCUGCAGGCCUCCUUCCCAAGGCCUUGCCGCGCGCCCCCCCGCCGCGCCCCGAUCCGGCCACGACCAAGCCGGCGGUACCGGCCGAUGAGCCGAGGGCGAAGGCUCCAGAGGGGUCACAGGAGUCGCAGGUGGGAGAGAAGAGGAAGCGCGGCGUGACGCCUUCGAGCUCCGGAGGACCGCGGCCUGUCUUCAAGGUGGGAGAUCAAGUGCAGUACUACAGCACUUCGAAAGGCGGGUGGAUGACGACGAUGGUGAAAGCGGUGCACUUCGAUGACGCUGGGAAGGUGCAUGCCUAUGAUUGCUCCGGGAAGCAAGGUGCCCCGCCCUCGAAGGUCCGGGCGCCCAAGCCCGAUGCACCUGCGCAGCCGAAGCCAGCCAAGCCGGCGAAGCCAGCCAAGUCCAAUGUCCAGGCGGCAGAUGCCGACCCAGGCGAGGCGACCAGGCCUAAGGCGUCCAAGUUGCCCAAGGCACCCAGGGCGCCGGCGCCAGGCCCAAAGGCGGCAGCGGCCGCGGUGCAGCUCUAUCACGUGGGGCAGAAGGUAAGGUACUGGAGCACGAACAUGAAGCAGUGGUUCGACACCAAAAUCAAGGCGGUGAAUGUGAACUCCCAAGGCCAGUUGCUCUCGUACGACCUGUCGGGCAAACCGCGCGCAGCGCCCGAGAAGAUCCGACCCCAGAAGCGCUUCGCCAAGGCUGCGGCGACGGUGAAGAGCGGCGCGGCGAAGGCGGCCGCGGAAGCCAAGGGCGAGGCGGCUGCGGUGGCCCAGGCGCACGAGGUGCAGGCGCAGGUGGCGCCGGAAGCGCCCAACGGUGCACAGACACAGGCGGCCAAAGAUCAGACGCCCAGGACGAGCACCGCGAAGUUCCAAGUGGGCCAGCAGGUCUUCUAUCUCAGCGGCCAGCUGAACCAGUACCUGCCAGCAGAAGUCACCCGACUGCUUCGGACCCCCUCCGGCAAACGCUUCUAUGACCUCAACAUCAAGAAGUCAGUGCCGGAAUCAAAGAUCCUGACCACGGCCCAAGCAUCCAAGGCGCACCACGAGGCCACCCUUCUGCGCAGGAGGCUGAGAAGAAGAAGCGGAUCAUGGAGAAGAGGCGCAACCUCUGGCAUGGCCGCAAGAGCAUGCCACCCCCACCGCCCACGGAGACGGCACAAAAAGAGGAGGAGCCGCCAGGGCCACCCACUCCUUGACCUGACAGAUUCCCUACAGAUGCUGUUGCUGAAAAGAGGGCAAUCUCUUUGCGGGCAUGUCUUGGAGGAAGAGCUCGCCCUGCUUCGGCGACAGCUGGAGGAGCGGCCUCUCCGGCAGGAAGUGGUCGCGGCGCCGAGUGCCGUGCCUGAGGACUUGCAGGCCCAGCUCGUGCAGCUCCAGGCAGAGCGACAGCAGUUGGAAGCAGAGUGUGCGCGACGCACGGCGCAGAAGGAGGAGCUGGUGCUUCAACUGGAGGAGGCACUGGCGAAGUCGGAAUCUGUCCAGUUGAAAGAGCUACAACAGAGCCUUGAUGAGGCAGAGGCCGCCCAGCAGCGCUUGUCGCAGCAGUGGUCUUCUGCCAAGAAACAGCUCCAGCAUGCAAAGGCAGAAGGAGAUAUGCUGACUAGUGAGCUUCAAAAGCUGGGUCAGCAGCUCCAGGACUCGCAGGCGCAAACAGAAGCUCUUCAGCGCGAGUGUGACGAGCUGCGUGCCCGCUACAACAACCUCGAAGCUGAUCACUCUGACCUGAACCUCCGUGCUGAAGAAGCUCUCGCAGGGCACGAGGCCCUGACUGCUGAGCACCAGCGGGUGAUCGAGCAGGCGAAGCAACUGCAGAGUCGCCAGGGCUUGGAGGAUGAGGGCCUGCGAAAGACGCACCAGGCGCUGGAGGCCGAGCUCUUGAAGGUGCAGGCCGAGCGAGAUAUCCUCGCGAAGCAGGUGAAGGAUCAGGAGCUUUACACCGCAGCCAGGCAGGAAGACUUGAAAGCCGACGCCGAACGCUUGCGGGACGAGAACCUGGCGCGCGCCGAUGAGUGGAAAGCCAUCGUGUCUGAGCUUGCAGAUCUGCGAAGCAGCCGAGCAGCUCUGGAUACCAAGUGUGCGGAGCUCAUCGACAAGGCGGCAGACGCUUCAGAAGAAUGUCAAAAGCAGAGAGGGCUGGCCGAGAGCUUCCGAAGCGAGUCGGAGACCCUGAAAGGGGAGCUGCAGCAGCUUCAAAAGGCCGUCUUGGAUGCUGCAAGCCAGCAGCAGAUCACGGCUGAAGAGGCGGAGCGGCUCCGCAACGAGGCCGCCGAGUUGGAAGCCACGAGGCGAGCCCUGCAGCGGGAGGUGGACGAGUACCGACGACAGAUGGAGACCAGCAGUGUGGAAAGGGGUGCCUCAGAGGCGGAGCUGGCGAGGCUCGAGGCGUGUGCUGAGGCGCUGGCAGAGGAGAACCACCAGCUGCGGUCCAGGAUCGAUACGCUGGCGCCGAAGGACGCGGAAGAGGCCUAUGCUGCGGCCAUCAUUUCGGCUGAGCAAUGGGUCCUCUAUCACGCAGGGAUGCCAUUGGAAGGCACCAGCAUGCCAUAUCUCUCGGGCGUCACCAUCUCCUUUGCUGAGUUCUAUGCGCCCUUGCUGUCUUUGGUUUUUGCCAGUCCCCCUCAACAGCUCCGGUCGGCGGCUGCUGCGGUCGAGAAUGGUGAAUUGGCCAGGGCCAGCCUUCAAUGCUUCAGGCUUUGCGACGCGCAACGUGUGGGGCGUCUGACCUGGGAGGAGGUCCAAGACCUCUCAGACGCAGUUUUCCAGCGCAAGGGCCUUCCCACGCCUAGCCAGGAUGUCCAGUACUUGAUGUUCACCAAGUUCGACAAGGAAUGCGCUAGCAGACUCCACGCGCAGGACUGCCUUUGCUGGGUCGAUGCGCUCUUCCGUGCCAUGCUGAUGUCGCCAGCCGCCGUUGCGGCUCGCGUCUCUGAAGCUCCGGAGGGUCCCAUCGUCUCAGGUCCCAGGAGCGGCGCGGCGCCGGCGCCCUCGGAGGCGCGGCUCCUUCAAGAAUCGGUGGCCCAAGGACGCCUACAGAAACGCUUGGACGAGGCCCAAAGUGCCGCCGAGCGGGCUGUGGCGGCGGCAGGCAGCCGGUCUGAGCCACUCACUGCGACCGCGAACAGCGGGCUCGACGGGAUGUUGCUGAGCGGCCGUGAAGGCGUGCCACGUGCGUCCCAGCCGGUUUACAGGACAGUUGGGCGAGUUUGGCAGAGCAACGAAAGCAGUUGGGAUGAACACCAUAGUCUUAAUAAUAAUGGUUUUACUUUGGCUUGUUCACCCUGCCGGCUACAAAACACUAAGACUAUAUGA